AGUGAACACACCUCACCUUAUGAUACCAAAGUACACAUCAUUUUAUGAGAGGACUUUUUCCGUGCAGUUACCGGAGGUGAGGUGAAACGCAACAACAGCUCUCCAGGAUGGUUCACUCUCAGGAUGGACUUCUCAGAACAGUCAGUGUUUUCCAACACAUCACUGUCCUCCUUCUCCUAACACACCUGUGUGAAGGUCAGUCUCAGGAGAUUGGUCCACCUCAGGCCGUCAUGGUGAUGGUUGGUGAUGAUGUCGUUUUGCCAUGCCAGCUGGAACCUCCCAUGGAUGCAGUUUCCAUGACAGUGGAGUGGGCGAGACUCAACCUGAACCCCAGAUUUGUCCAUGUGUGGCAUGACGGUCAGGAACUGCUCUCCGACCAAAACAAGGCCUACAAGGGAAGAGUGUCACUGUCGGUCAACAAACUGAAGCAUGGAGACAUUUCACUGAAUCUGUCCAAAGUGAGGAUCUCUGAUAACGGGAAAUACAGAUGCUACAUCCCAAAACUGAGCAAAGAAUAUUUUGUUGAGCUUCUUGUUGGUGCCGUCUCCUCACCUGUCACCAGUUUAGCAGGGAUCGACAGAGACAAGGGGGGAGUGGUGUUACAGUGUGAGUCUGCAGGCUGGCAUCCAGAGCCUGAGGUGUUGUGGCUGGACGGUGAGGGAAAGCUCCUCUCUGCUGGACCUACAGAGACAGUCAGAGGUCCUGAUGACCUCUAUACUGUCAGCAGCAGAGUGACUGUGGAGAAGAGACACAGCAACAGCUUCACCUGUAGAGUCCAACAGAGGAACAUCAACCAGACCACAGAGACACACAUCCAAGUUCCAGAGGACUUCUUCAUGGCUCAAACCAGCUGUACUGCUUCUACUGUUACUAGUGUGUUGUUUGGCCUCAUGUUUGUUCUCACGGUUGUCCUUUUUGUCUGGAAAUGGAUACAAAACAAAAAAGGCUCCAAGACACAACUUGAGAGAAAAACAGAGGAGAGGGACGGAGAGGAGAAUGCAGGGCAGCAGCUUCUGAUGGAAAGACAAAGCAAAGAGCAGCUAAAGACAGAAAACAAGAAAAUGAAGGAGGAGUUACAGAAGAAAGAGGAAGAACUGAAAACUAUGACACAGGUUACUGAUUCACUGAGUGAGCUGAAGAAUGAACUGGAGAAGCAGAAAGGUAAACUCACUGACCAAAUGGAGAAGGCAGCGAGACGAGCGAAGGAGAAUGAAGAGAAGGUUCAUUCAGUGGAGAAAGAAGUAACAGAGAAGGAGGGAGAUAGAACAGCUAACAAAGCUCAGGGAUACUCAAAACUCAAAGAAAUCAUCACAGAGAACAGCUGGAGCCUGGAGGAGAGGAAGAAAGAACUCCAACAACUGCACAUGCACACAGACAAACUGAUGAAGAGGACAAUAGAUCACUAUGUAAGAAUUACAGGGAAGAAAAUGGAGGACAGGGAGGAUACAGUAUAUAACAACACGGAGCAAAUUAAGCGAAUAACAUGACGAUGCCCAAACAUGCUUUUUCCUAAACCUAGACUUUGUAACUUUAUGUUAAGCAUUUGACUGUGUUGAGCACUAAUUUGCUUAAUUGUAUAUCAUACAAACAACUGUAUGAGGAUAUGUUGCUCUGGUGGUGAUGAACCUCCAGAAAAUUAUCAUUUGAAUCUGCAGCUCUGCUCGGCUAUACAGAGCUUUGUCGUACCUUUCAGCUUAUUGUUUAUAUCCAACCACAUCCUUAUUGUUCUGGUUCACUCCCUCCACUCUCACAGAGUUGUUUUCAGAGAAAGAGCAGUAAAAAGCCACCAUACACUUAAAGACUGGCUGGUGAACACAGCGGAGCAUUCAGCAACUGAAGAGACAGAUAUUUCCCUCAGGAGUUGGAGGAGACCAAAAACAGAGCUGAAAGAGAGAGAAUAUUGGACUGACAUUCAUCCGGCGACACAAACACAGAUUCUGAAUGAACUGGCCAAAGUAAAGCUGCUGUAAAUCUGAUCAUUUCUUAAUUAAACUCUGAUGUGUUUUUUCCACAUCCUGCUAAUACUGCAAAGCUUCUCUCCUUUGUGACCACCCGGUGUUACAGUGCAACCAUUUUGCUGCAUAUCAGAAUGAAAAUUAAUGCGCUAAAAUUAUUGAGCUUAAUGUGGAACAACAAGUUCAAUUUUUAAAAAAAUGCAUAAAAAAAGAAAAAAAAUGUUAAGACAGCUGUUCAUGCAGACAUCCCGGCAUAGUCUGUGUUUAUGUAUGAGACAUAUGAAUCUAAUAUUGUGUUUUUGUCUUAGGUAUCAUGUUUUUUUUCCUCUUUCGAAUAUAUUGUAAUAAUAUAAUCGGCUUAUGCAUCUUUUUAAAUAUAUUUUACAUGAUGCUCCCUCCCAGUGGAACAUGUGAAAUACGACCUUUAAAAUCUAAUUUUGUGUGUAUAAUUACAUAAUGUAUAUCUAAUAACCCACAGAGCUCAUAUGACUGUACAAUGUGUACUGAUUACUGCAUUUUCUAUCUUAUUAGAGCUCUUAAUUAAAACCAGCAGUGAAGUAAAACGACAGCACACAUGAAAAUGAAAAAUGCAAACAGGAAAAACAUUGCAGUUAAAAUAUUGUGCUUACAGUUUUUAACUCAGUAUCAUUGAAUGUUUGUACCUGUAUAUGCUUUUCAUUAAAUAUUGUAGUUUUUUUUUUUAUUCUUGAAUAUGUGACUGUUUUUAAUAAAGAUAUGUUUG